UUUUAAAAAGGGUCUUCCAACAUCUCGGGAGCAACUCAUAGCUGUCAUAGCUGCAGCUACGGAGCACAAAUAAAGCGGCUUCGGCUUCAGGAGACGAUAUCAAACCGGAUAAAUCUGUGGACGCGCUUCAGACUCGCACGCGUGUGAUGCGCCGUUGAGUUCACCUACGUGAACACUCCGUUGUGGAGUUUUGCAUAAUUGCUCUGAAAAUAUCAGAAAUCUACCAACUUGAAAAGAAACAAAAACAAAAUCUUCCGCCCGCGUUGAGUAGUGCUUCGCUCUGGAAAUGUGGUGGAUGCUGUUUCCCCGGUGGAUCUGGUUCCUGGCGUGCGUGUUGGUGUGGAUGGAGCACCAGGACGCAGUUUUGCCCGAGGCCACUUAUUCACACCCGGGAAUCUGCCCCAAUGACAUGAACCCCAACCUGUGGGUGGACGCCAUGAGCACGUGUACAAGAGAGUGUGAAUCGGAUAAGGAGUGCGGGUCCUUUGAGAAGUGUUGCCAAAAUGUGUGUGGGAAUCGGAGCUGCGUCGCUGCCCGCUUCCUGGACGGAAAUAAAGCCCCCAUGGGAAUACCCAGGGAAGCCACGUGCACCAGUUUCACGUGCACCCAGCAGGGAUCUGAGUGUGACAUCUGGGACGGCCAGCCGGUGUGCAAGUGCCGGGACCGCUGCGAGAGAGAGCCGCACUUCACCUGCGCGUCCGACGGCAUGACCUACUACAACAAGUGCUACAUGGACGCGGAGGCGUGCUCCAAGGGCAUCGUCCUGGCCGUCGUCACCUGCCGCUUCCACCUCACCUGGCCCAACGCCAGCCCGCCCUUGCCCCAGGCAACCACUCUGCGCCCUACAACCGCUGCGCUUCAGGCAACCGUGCCUCUUCCCACCGAGCCCGUGAUGCCGGCCUUGGUCAGCAGCCCCGUCCACCAGACCGUAGCAGUGGGGGACACGGCCAGCUUCCUGUGCGAGGUGACGGGUCGCCCCAGGCCUGACAUCACCUGGGAGAAGCAGCAACCGGAGGAGUUGGAGCGGGUAGCCAUGAGGCCUAAUCACGUGCGGGGGAACAUGGUGGUAACUAACAUCGGCCAGCUGGUCAUCUACAACGCCCAGCCGCACGACUCUGGCGUCUAUACCUGCACGGCUCGCAACCCGUCUGGGUCGGUGCGAGCCGACCAUCCGCUAACAGUGCUGCCCGCGGAACCACAUAAAACCCCCGCGCCCUGGAACGUGACUCGCUGCCUCCCCGAAGAGUGCCUGAAACCCCCUGAUAGCGCUGAGGAUUGUGGGAGCGAGAUGGAGAAAGUCAGCUGGUACUACGAGCCCAAGACCAACAGCUGCUUCUCGUUCACACACUGCCACAUCGACAAGCAGCAGCCCAGGAAGGUGUUCGAGACAUACCAGGGAUGCAUGCAGUGCUGCGGCCCCGAGAUUUCGGGCCCUUGCGGGCUCCCCAGCCUGCAGGGGCCCUGUAAGGCCUACGAACCGCGCUGGUCUUACAGCAGCACUCUGCAGCAGUGUCAGUCCUUCAUCUACGGAGGGUGCGACGGCAACCAUAACAACUUUGAAUCCAAAGACGCCUGUGAGGAGACGUGCCCCUACUCGAAAAUCCACCACUGCAAGGCCUGCAAGCCCAGAGGUAAGAUGGUGACGAGCUUCUGCCGCAGUGACUUUGUGGUCCUGGGCCGCAUGACGGAUCUCACGGAGGAGAAGGACUCGGGCCACGCCCUCGUGACCGUGGAGGAGAUCCUUAAGGAUGAGAAGAUGGGUCUGCGCUUUUUCGGCAAGGAGCCCCUCGAGGUCACCUUCCUCAACAUGGACUGGAAUUGCCCGUGCCCGAACAUCACGGGUGCCGCCGCCGAGGGACAGGUCAUCAUCAUGGGUAACGUGAGCGACGGCAUGGCCGUCCUGCAGCCGGAGAGCUACGUGGGCUCCUCCAGUCCUCGCCGCAUACGGAAGCUGAGGGAGGUCAUCUCCAAGAAUACGUGUGACAUUCUGAAAGCCAUCACCAACAGCCCACAGUGGGGUUAGGGUACGGAGGAACGACGUCUACAUGCCACAGCAGCCUGUUAAUUCUGAGUUGCAUGGAGUGGUAGGAGCCUUCUUGCUACUUUUAAAGGAUGUCUUUCUUGUUUGUGACAAGUGUGUCUGUUAUGGCCCAUCCUUUGGUGUUGUUGAUUGAAAUACCAUGUAAGUGAACACAGAAGACAUGAUUCUUUUGUUGCCUUGAUCCCCCCAGACUCCAACUUUCUUUCUUCCCAUUUCUUAGCUCCAGCUUAAAUGGAGGCUACAGACACUUUACAAUGAAGCACAAAACUGACACGACCAAGUUUGAUUUUUUGUGCAUAAUCGAAGUGUUACAAUCUUUUAUAUUGUUUUAUUUUCCAGCGGCAAAUCCGCCUGACACAUUUGAUGAACAUUUGAUAUCGGAUCACAUUCCCCUUUGUUGCCCCUUUUUUUUGUUAUAUAAAUGCAUCCAUAUAUCUGUGCCGUGUAUUGCUCAUGCAGUGGGAAAAGGUAAAUUUGGUUCAUUUUAAGUAAUGAGUUGUAAUAUAUUUAUAUAUAUAUAUUAUAUAUAUAAUAACCAACACAUU